AUAAGAACUUCUAAUCUAAAAAAAAAGUACUUAUUUUCCAGAGGGAGAACAAAAUCUGGCUGAGAACAUCCUGCUGAAAAUCAAAACAAUCGGACACGUGAGGCGAAGUUGAGCCACAUUGUGUUUACACGGGUGAAUUAUGUGUGGUUUAUAGACUUAUUUGAAAAUUGCAUUAAUGUGUAUACUACUAGGAGAUUUAUAUUCGUUAAAGAAAAAGAACUAAGAAUACUUCACAAUGCAUCAGACUGACUAUCCCACUUCAACACGAUACUGGGGCACAGAAGCUUGUGAAGAUCCUCUUGGUAAUGAUGCAAGUCCUGCAGAACCAAACGAUCAAGCUUCAGUCCUCCUCGCUCGACUGAAUGAACGGGCCAGACUGAGAAAGGCUGGGAAACCUAUUUUGGGCGAAGGUAAUUGUGUGAAAGAAAAUGAGAAACACUCGGAGGAGAGUCACAAGAAAACCCCUACAAAAAAGAAAAACAAAAGCAAAACAAAAGGUCAAACAGAUCAGAAUGAUGUCAGUCUUACAGCAGUUACUGAUGCAGAAGAAACCUUUAUAAAUGGUGAAGAAAAUGGUGAAGAUUCGCCCCUCAAAAAGAAGAAGAAGAAGAAACAUUCAAAAGAUGUGGAGGAGGAUAUUGGGGAUAAAACACAAAUGAAUGAAGAAGUGGAGUUUAAUGAAGAUUGCUCUCAAAAAAAAGGGAAAAAGGACAAGCUCAGAACUGAAAGUAUAAACCUUGAAGCUGAUCCACUAGAAGGUAACAGACACACUGAUACUAAUAACAAAAAAUCACUUAAACAAUCAAGUAAAAGACAAGGUGACAGCAAUACUGAUGCUUUAGGUGAGAAUAGUACGCAAGAAAGUGUGGACCCACUGAUUGACAACAGUUCUGGGGCUGUGUCUGAAAAAGAAAAAAAAUGCAAGAAGAGAAAAAAAACGGAAUCUGAGGAUGAUUCCAAGCUUGAAGCAGGUGAUAUCGAACCAAGCACACUGUUGUCAGAAAAUAAGAAGCGGAAAGUCAAUGAAUGCAGUACAAAUCUGACCAAGGAAAAUGGAGUUGCAGACCGUGAUGCUGAUGCUUCUCAAAAUGAGGGGGAUUCUGAGCCACCUGAAGCAAGCAAAUUGCAAACAGAACGUGAGGCAAAGAGGAGGCUGAAGAAAGAGAAGAAGAAAGAGAAGAAGUGGAAGAAGAAACAAGCAAGAAAUAAUGGAGAGAUUGGGGGAUUUACUUUGGUGGGAGAAGUUUCAUCUACAACCAAAGCAAAGGUUGAACGAGUAUUGCCACUUUGGAUGUCUAACCCUGUAAGGUUUGGACGAGAUAUUCAAGGAGAAAAGGUUCCUUUGGAGUCGAUACCUGGUAUUGAUACUUCUCUCAAAAAGGUUCUUAAGAAGCGAGAAAUCGAGAAUUUCUUUCCUGUCCAGACAUGCGUUAUUCCAGAACUUUUAGGCAGUGUUAGUUCCAUAUCAACAAGGUUUCGACCAAGGGACAUAUGUGUGUCUGCUCCCACUGGGAGUGGAAAGACGUUGUGUUAUGUUCUUCCGAUCAUACAAGCCUUGGGCAAUAGAAAUGUUCGAAGAAUACGAGCUCUGGUGCUUCUACCUGUCCAGGAAUUGGCAAUGCAAGUGUAUAAAGUCUUCCAGACUUAUGCUGUUACUAAGCAGCUAAAGAUUGGGUUGGUAAAUGGUGUAAAGGCUUUCAAAGAAGAACAGCAGGCUUUGGUCCGUCAUGACUAUGCUGGCCACCAUUCACUGAUUGAUAUUCUGGUUGCCACCCCAGGAAGACUGUCUGAUCACCUGAGCUUCACCAAAGGCUUUGACCUUUCACAUCUGAGGUACUUAGUACUGGAUGAAGCUGACCACAUGCUAGCAACCGGUGGAGGGGAAUGGAUCAACCGAAUAGAACAGAGUAUUAAGGACCAAAAUGUAGAGAUUGGGACACUAGGCCUUCAGGCAAUGGGAGCAGUUCAUUUUCCUAAACCUUCACUGCAUCGACUCCUAUUUUCUGCAACCUUGACCAAUAAUCCAGAACAAUUAAAGCAUGUCCCACUCUAUAGGCCUAAACUCUUCACAACUUGUGAUAGUGGUCCUACCAUUUCAGUUGCGAAGAACUCUGAAGUGACAAAGUACACCAGGCCAGCAGAACUAACUGAAGAAUUCACUGUUGUUGAAGAGUCUGUGAAGCCACUUAUUAUUCAUCACUUGAUAAAAUCUAGAGGGUGGAGUAAGGUCCUGAUAUUCACUAAUUCUCUUGAAACAACACAUAAGCUGACAGUUCUGCUCAGUUUGAUUGCAAAGGAUAUGAACGUCAAGGAAGUUUCCAAGUUCGUUGAUAAGAAGAAAAGAAAGUUUAUUGUUGCAAACUUUUUGUCUGGAGACAUAAAUGUUCUUGUAGCCAGUGAUGUUAUGGCUCGUGGAUUGGAUAUACCUAAUGUUGACAAUGUAGUCAGCUACGAUGUCACUUCCAACACUACAUACAUUCAUCGUAUUGGAAGAACUGCAAGAGCUGGAAGACCAGGAACAGCCGUUUCACUUGUUACUCUAGACAAGAUGCGCGACUUUAAAGGUAUACUCAGAAAUGGUGGACAGAGUGCAACAGAAUUUACAGUUCCUACUAGUGAUCUGGAGCCUUAUGAGGAAAUGUACGUUGAAGCUUUAGCAAAGAUGAAGGAUAUCCUACAGGGAGAAGAGCAGAAGAAGAGAGGAAAUACAGAGAGGGAGAAUGCACACAAGCAUAGACACUUUAUUGAAAGGAAAAAUGUACAAGGAAACAAAGAUCUCUCCUCCAAGAAACCGAAUCAUGAUCAAAAGGAUAGGUACUAGUGGUCUGAGAACACCUUUGGACAUGUGUGCCUUCAAAUAUUGUUGGGAUGACUUACAAAAUGAUGUGCUAGCUAUAUCACCUUGAUUUUCUGAAAGAAUUGUUAUCAUUUUUUAUUGUUAUUAUUUAUAUUAUAUGAUCAUCAAUAUUAACCCACCUUCACCAGAAAUAUGUAGUGUUCACUGUAGCAUUGUUUUGCAAGAUAGUCUGCAAAUAGAUGGCUCCACAAUUGCUUGGCCACAAAGGAGUCAACUAGUAGACUAUGUGACAUCACCUGAUUUCACCUGUCAUUGAGUUUGCAUGACAAUUUUUUUUUUUUUUACUAAUGCUAUCAGUAUCAGUGCUGUUAUUAUUAUUAUAAACAUUAUAAUUAUUAUACUGUUAUUGGUAUUACUAACAGCAAUGAAUAUGGUAAACUGGUGAGAUAAUUAAGACUUGUAAUUGGCUCAUUGGUAACUUACUUGGUAUAUACAUACCAUUCCUGGCACCAUCAGGUUAAUAACAUAAAAAAAAGAUAAAUUCAACAAAUGGGGAUAUCAGGUGCAUUCACUAGGAUCUUAUCAUUGACUCCAUGUUGGCUAGGCACUUGGAGCCAUCUGUCUGCAACAAAAUUCGCAAAAAAUACUGUGGAAGGUACAUACUGAGGGAAAUGGGUGAUAUGCAGUGAUACAUAACAAAAAAAAAAAUGUAAAAGCAGUGAUUAUAUGAAAUAUAAAAUAUACCAGUAAC